CCCCGGGGGCGGAAGCAGGACGGCCAGCACAGUCUGCGUGGAGAAGCCGUGUAGCCGGGAACGCCUGAUGGGACGCCCCCGGGGGCUCUCUCCGAGCCCCGCUGUUACGCCCCGGUCCUAGGCGCUCGGGCUCCGCAACCCGCCCCGCCCGUAGCCCGCAGCCCGCAGCCUGUCUAGAGAGGAGUAUGAGGCCCGGGGGCUCGCAAACGCCGGCCACCGGGCGGCAGGGGCCUAGCUGCGGAGCCCCGCGCCUGAAGGCGGCGGGCGAGGAGCCGCGGGAGCCGACGAGGCGUCGGGGCGCGGAGAGGAGCGCUCCGGCCCGGGCGCCCGCGGGGCCGCCGGACCCUUGUACGGCCUGAGCGCGGGGGAGCAGGCGGAGGCACCCGGCCGUCCGGGCUCUGGGGGAGGCGGCGAGUGGCUCCGCGGGGGACCGCCACCUCUGGCCCUCAUCCUCACGCUCCUGCUCCCACGGGGAGGGAUGUCGCGGCCCGGGACGCGAGCGCUGCCCCGGCCCCGGGGCUGAGCUCCGGACCAUGUCCUCCCGCAGCCCCCGGUCCCCGCCCCGCCGCUGCCGCCGCCGCCUGCCGCGCCCCUCCUGCUGCUGCUGCUGCUGCCGCCGUUCGCACCUCAACGAGGACACCGGCCGCUUCGUGCUGCUGGCGGCGCUCAUCGGCCUCUACCUGGUAGCGGGUGCCACAGUCUUCUCUGCGCUCGAGAGCCCGGGCGAGGCCGAGGCGCGGGCGCGCUGGAGCGCCACGCUGCGCAACUUCAGCGCGGCUCACGGCGUAGCCGAGCCGGAGCUACGCGCCUUCCUCCGGCACUACGAGGCCGCGCUGGCCGCCGGCGUCCGAGCCGACGCGCUGCGCCCGCGCUGGGACUUCCCCGGAGCCUUCUACUUCGUGGGCACUGUGGUCUCGACCAUAGGUUUCGGCAUGACCACCCCCGCGACCGUGGGCGGGAAGGCCUUCCUCAUCGCCUACGGGCUGUUCGGCUGCGCCGGGACCAUCCUGUUCUUCAACCUCUUCCUGGAGCGCACCAUCUCCCUGAUGGCCUUCGUCAUGCGCGCCUGCCGGGAGCGCCAGCUGCGCCGCAGCGGCCUGCUGCCCGCCUCCUUCCGCAGCGGCUCUGCGCUCUCGGAAGCCGACAGCCUGGCGGGCUGGAAGCCCUCGGUGUACCACGUGCUGCUGAUCCUGGGCCUCUUCGCCGUGCUGCUGUCGUGCUGCGCCUCGGCCAUGUACACCAGCGUGGAGGGCUGGGACUACGUGGACUCGCUCUACUUCUGUUUCGUCACUUUCAGCACCAUUGGCUUCGGGGACCUGGUGAGCAGCCAGCACGCCGCCUACCGGAACCAGGGGCUCUACCGCCUGGGCAACUUCCUCUUCAUCCUGCUCGGCGUGUGCUGCAUCUACUCGCUCUUCAACGUCAUCUCCAUCCUCAUCAAGCAGGUGCUCAACUGGAUGCUGCGCAAGCUGAGCUGCCGCUGCUGCGCGCGCUGCUGCCCGGUGCCCGGCGCGCCCCUGGCCCGGCGCAACGCCAUCACUCCCGGCUCCCGGCUGCGCCGCCGCCUGGCCGCGCUCGGCCACAACGCCAGGGCCUGCGACAGCGACGCCGAGGGCCGCCGCCUGUCAGGCGAGCUCAUCUCCAUGCGCGACCUCACCGCGUCCAACAAAGUGUCGCUGGCGCUGCUGCAGAAGCAGCUGUCCGAGACGGCCAACGGGUAUCCGCGCGGCGUGUGUGUGAACACGCGCCAGAACGGCUUUUCGGGCGGCGUGGGUGCUCUGGGCAUCAUGAACAACCGGCUGGCAGAGACCAGCGCCUCCAGGUAGACUCACGGCCUGCCCGACCGCCCCGCAGCUCCAGGGACCCUCAGGAUUCCGGGCUGCCGUCGGGCGUGGUUGGCUUUACUUCUCUCAGACGCUGGCGCUUUCUUAAUCUUUAUCCAAUAAAA